AUUUAAGCUGUGGAAUGUAUGUACGAAAUGAAAUUGAAAAUUGAAAUGCAUGGUUUGCUUCGGAGUUUGGUUUUGUACGCGCGUCGUCAGUCAAUGAGACUGUUCGGUUAAGAUAUUUUAUUUGUGUAUUAGACAGUUUCAUUAAAUUAAUCGAAUUCGUAUCAAACAUUAUUCUAAACCUAAAUAUCUGGGAUGCGUCGUAGUUAUGUGAAAGUGACAGCGGUUUAUUAAAGAUAAGUUCUUUUUUUUGUGAGAAUAACAAUGUUAUUUCGCAUAGUUUCAAGUACCGCCACAUAAAUAUUGUGAUGCUAUCGUUAAUAUGUACAAUCGAAAAUCAUUAUGUUCGAAGCGGGAUAAACUGUACGAGUUGUUGAUUACCUGUUAGAAUGCAAGACGAGUGUUCGGAGGAAACGAGGAGUAACUUCGAGCGGCGGCGGCCUACGAAGGUGUUAAAGAUAGCUGAGAGUUUUACCAACUUGGAUGAGAUUGCUAAAGCAGGUCGGUUCGUAAGGGGGCCGUAUUCGAAGAUCGGGAGACGGUUUCAGGAGAAUGGGGCUCGCAGCAAACGUGGAUGUUGUGAUGAUGAUUGUGCGGAGUCAAGUGGUAGUGAUGGUGAAAGACUUGGUGAUCGAAGAGUGACGGGCUCGUCUUGCACGGCCCUGCGGACUGCUGUUGCUGCGCUUUACCCAUUUGACGACUUCAUAUUGGAGAAAAUUGGAGCAGGAUUCUUCUCUGAAGUUUUCAAAGUAACACACAAAACGUCCGGCAAAGUUAUGGUGCUGAAGAUGAACCAGCAGCGGGCGAACCGACCCAACAUGCUUCGGGAGGUUCAGCUCAUGAACAAACUCAAACAUCCUAAUAUUUUGGGAUUCAUGGGUGUCUGCGUGCACGAAGGCCAGCUCCACGCACUGACAGAGUUCAUGGAGGGCGGUUCAUUGGAACAGCUUAUCCUCAGCAGACCACCUGAGCCUCUGCCGCAACCGUUGCGCGUGUCGCUGGCCGCAGACAUGGCUGAGGGUCUUAUGUAUCUGCAUUCUCUUGGCGUCUUCCACAGGGAUCUUACUUCUAAGAAUGUAUUAUUAAGAAAAAAUGCCGAUGGUGAAUACAUAGCAGUGGUCGCCGACUUUGGUUUGGCGGCGAAAAUACCUCAUCCGAUUAAUGGAUAUCGCUUACCAAGUGUGGGAUCGCCUUGGUGGAUGUCCCCCGAAUGCCUGCGUGGCCGCUGGUACGACCACCGAUCUGAUAUUUUCUCCUACGGGAUCAUAUUGUGCCAACUUAUCGCCAGAGUGGACGCAGACCCGGACGUUCUCCCUCGUACGGAUAACUUCGGUCUGAACUACAUGGCGUUUGUGGAACUCUGUGACGAGUAUACUGUCCCAGACUUCCUACGAUUGGCCUUCAACUGCUGCAUUUACGAGCCCAAGGCGCGACCACUAUUCCCCGAGAUAGUGAGCAAGUUGGCCGAGAUUAAGGAAGGCCUAGAUGACACAGCAUGGGGCUGCCACGCCUCCACUAACACUUAUGACAGUGAGGAGGCGGACGCAUCCUGCGGUCGUACGUACUCGUCGUGGGCGUGGCGUCGGCCUUUACGGAUGCGUUCGGAGACAGGCACGCACCCACACAGAGAUACACGUAGCGCAGCCCACCGACGCUCGUUAUCCGAGCUGGAAUGCAUGUCUCGCGUGUCUCCCCUCUCUCCCCCUCAUCGCUCAGCCUGCGCCCUCGACCCCGCACCCCCCGCCCCUCCCUCCCUCGCUCGUCUUCAUCGUCUCGCCCACAUAAUGCUCCUACGGGACACCCACGCGGCUCCCCGACCCGCGAAACGAGCAUUACAUACCUUCCGUGGCGUCCACAAAAUACUGGAAUCAAAUCCUCCUCGAGGGGGCUCCGGAACCCCCCGGAAUCGAUGCUCCAGCGGCGACCCCCCCAACCUUUACCCCACCUCGGACGAGCCGAGAUCGUCGUCGCUUCCCCCCUCGCCGGUGUUCAGUAGGAAACAGAAGCUGAGCGACUCGGAACUAAAACGCCGCGGAUCGUGCGAGAGUGGGAUAUUCUCGGUGGCCAAUGAGGACUUUGGACACGCGAGUUAUGGCGCCAUGUGCCCAUGCUCGCUUAUGGGAUGUCAUAGAUGUUGGUGGUGGCGUCGCGAAUCCAGUGAACGUUCGGGCGACGAGUUCGAGGAACAGCCCCGUGUACGGGUUUGCACGGACUGCCUCGUCCUAUACGAGCGGGUGUUGCGACGUCGGCCGACGUUGCCCGACGACUCCGCCCUUUCCACCACAGUGAGUUCCCUCCGCAGCCUCGACGACGAGGAGUCCGUCCGAGACAACGACGCCUCGCCUUUCCUCUGCGGCCUCCUCGACACGGAGGAGACCGAGCGGGAGUACCACGUCCUGACGAAGUGCUGCUGCGUCGGCCGCGUGCAGUGUUCCCAUCGUCCCCUGGACGAGGACGAACUCAACCGCGUCCUCCCGAGGGUUCUCAACUUUCCAUCCCAUCUCUUCUCCUGCAAGCGCACCUCGAGCGUCUACACGGACAGUUCGGAGGACGUCGCUUCCCUCGGCUCCGACAUUUACGACGACCGGAUCCCUCGACACGUCAGAUCCGCGCAAAUAUCCAAAAUCGUCGAGUACUUCGAACGAAAAGGCGCCGACUUCAAGUGCGAGUUCAAGGGGCAGAGGGUCAAAAUGAGCAACUUUGGCAAGUUCGGCAAAGAGAAGGCCGAGAAGGAGUACUUCGUCGACGUCAAGCACAGAAGCGCGGGGAGUCGGAUGGAAGUGGUGGGGGAAGAAGGGUGCGGGAGGAAAUGCGUCGCCCAGAGACUGAUGAUCUGCGAAGGAGCCGUCAAAUCGAAACUGCCACUCUUCGAUAAAAAGUCAUAACGUAAGGGAUACGAAGUCGAGAGGCGAUCUCAGAAGUGAUCGUGCGGUCAAUUCAAUUUAGUUGUCGGGAGAGUUAAAACCAGUGUUACAUUUUGAAUCCGUUGACUCACCGAUAGAUAAACGUACGUAUACGUGAAGUGUACGUAUACGCCCGUCUACGCGACUAAAUCUCUUUGAUAGACCGCGUUUGCUAGAGUUCGACACGACUUUGUCAUGUGUCAAAUUGUUCAGUGACUUCCAAAUAGAGUAAAUAAAAUUUAAAAACUAUUUAUAUUCCCUAAAUAUUAUAUACAAAGCAAGAGCAAUAUUAUAUGAUCGGUAUACAUUGUUAAGCAGUAUUUCAAGGCUAGUGCCAAGGGUGAAACGUUUGUGACAAUAUAUGAACAUGGUGCUUUCAGAAAUUGUGGUUAUUCACCAUUUCUUUUACAUCAAAUCGUAUUGAUGGUGUAAAAUAUUAUUUCCUUCUUAAAGAAUUUCGAUAGCCAUUGGCAUUGAAUUGACAAUUUGUCGGGAUUUCUUUGACAGUUAUUCUCACUAUCACUUCAUAGACACAGAUCAAUAAGUCAAACUAAUUCUCCCAUCUGUCAAAAAGUAUCUCUGUGACAUUUACAGUCUGUGAAUCUCUUAUUGCGUUCUACAGUUUCUGGAGGCACCUAAUGACGAUUCCGCGUUUAUUUGACUGAAUAUACUAAGCAUUUCUUUGGAUAUAUGAGAUUAUGUAACGGUUGUAGAGAUAUAGACUAAUACUGACCAGAGAUGGCCUACGUUUUGACGACUUAUGCUCGGUUCCUAUAUUAAGCACUAUCCGUCCGUAUUUCAAUUUUCACGUUUGGUUCUAUCCUUAAAAUAUCAGCAAAUAAAUUAUACUGAAGAGUAAAAAAGAGAAGAAUAAAAUUUACGGUUACCGAAAAUUCAAAUAUAAUCGUGAGUUCGAAUUCCAAAGGCCAUUGCAACAACUGCCUUUCAACCGUCCUAAUAAAUGAAGGUAGAGAAUUUGGCGAAGAUUUUUCUUCUUAUAGCUGAUAUUUUGGAUGCUAGAACUUGGAGAUCUGUUGGAAUUUCUGGAUUCCAUAACAUUGGAAUAUGGAUGGAUAGUUUUACCAGACUAUUUAAAAGUUUUUUAAACUACAGAAAUUUGAUCAAAUUUCGAGGUCACUUUCUACAUUUUUUAUAGAGACCAGACAUAAGUCGAAACCCAUUUCGAUGGAUGUGUAUUUUUCAAUAGCGCCGUUUAGACGCAGUGUAAAUAAUUUAGAUUUAAAAAUUAAUAAUAAUUUAUAUAAAUUUAAUUUAUGUAUACAGUAUUACGUUACUUGCCAGUUCGCGUGUAUAUAUCUUUUUUGAAAGUGGCAACUAUUCAAAAUUAUUUUUCAUCGUUUCGCAAAUUCGUCCUAUAACGAAAUUAUUUAUAAUGGUGGGGCGUUCCUAGUCUUAAACGCGUCACUUAGUCCAUCAUAAAUUAAUUGCACUUAGUAUAAGUAAAUCGAAGGUUUUUAUAAAUUGGUAUUAUAUUUUUAAUAUUAACACGAAUGUUGCAAUAUUUUUUUAUUAAUAUGCGGGGUUGGAAUGUUGCCAAUGUCAAGUUUCACGUCUGUCAAAUAUAAACUUCAGAAGUGACAGUUCUUGAAUGUCUUUUUGACAUUGGCGUAUCUAGAACGAUACGUAUUAUAAAAUACAGAAUAGAAAUGUUUCUUGAAUAUUCGAAAAUAAUAAAACAAUAUUUAUAUUGGCGGUCUGUUCCUAGACGAAAUGGCAGCGGUGAAUAUGAACAAAUUGUGUCACGUGACGUAAGAUAAUAGACUAUGUUUGACGAUGUUUUACGCAUGUGGAACGUCAACGACAAAAAGCUAGUUAUUGUAACGGAAAAAUAAACAUAGAAGAAAUAUAUAAAUAAUAAUUUUGUCGUAUAUUUCGUCAAAUAUUUGAAAAGUCUAAAAACUAAGACAAAUAUCUGACUAAGACCUGUAACGUUGAUUCAAGGAACCGCUCCGAAAGCGUUCUAACCCCGUAGUGUUUAUUAUUUCGGUCACAUAAAUAAUUUCUCAUAUAAUCGAGGUCAUCCCUCAUAAUUGUAAAAUAAAUAAAUUACAUAUUUUUGUCAUAAUCAUAUCGUCAGGGUAUUUCGAAUGUAAAUAUAUUUUAAAUCUAUAUAAACCCGAUUUAAUCAGUGCCAAACAAAUUGUUUUGUUGUUUGAUAAUACUGUGGUAGACUUUCCAUUUAGUACAGUAUAGUCCUGUCUUUCCUGUAUGUACUGCAAGAUUUUCCGGUUACGCAAUUUUUUUUAAAUUCUGUCAAAAUUAUUUUUCUCAGCUUCUUAAGCCGCAAUUCCUAUCGAACGACAUAUCGGGCAGCUAAAUAACGUUAAAAACUCAGCAAUUGCAUUUCGUGUCAUUCGAAACGGUUGUUAGGAAAAUAUCUUAGAGCGCGGCCACACGAUGCGGUAACGGUGCGGUGCGACGCCACACCGCAAUUACUUCGAGCUAUGGGGUGUCACACGGACGUUGCGAUGUGAUAUUUUACCCCUCCCCGUCUCGUCUCGCAGGUCACAACUCCGGCGCGCUUGCGGUGUGAUGCCGCGCGACGGCGCAACGCGUCGUGUGACAUUGUAUAGUGAUUUGUAUGUAGGAUGACGUUGCGGCACCGCUCCGGCGCCGCACCGCACCGUUACCGCAUCGUGUGGUCGCGCUCUUAGUCCUAAGUACAACCGUACGUCAAAUACGUAUUAGAUUUGUCUCUUCCUCUGUUAUCCUUAAAUAUCCUAUCAUAUGCAUUACACAUUUCCCUCACCAAUUAGUUCCUAACGCACAGCCAUUUAUUCCCGUGAAUGGAACCGUUUUAAAUGUUAUUGUUUAAAGCACGUUUCAGAACAACAACAUCCGUCCAGUACUUGUUAUUUUCGUUUUCUCGAUUCUAAAGUGAAGUCCCGAGAGAUAUUUUUAGCGGUUAAACUAAAUACUUACUAGAUUUUCUGACGCAAAUUAUACUUAGUUCGUAAAAAAGCUCUUCCUUGUUUAGUUGCUCGGCGAAAUUGUGAUUCUUUUGAUGUUAAAUUUGACU